AUGGCCCCGUACAAUGAAGACGUCGAACUCAGCGCCAUCAAGGUCAAGGAGGACUCCCUCACCCUCGGGAGCAGCUACAGCAUGCGGCGCGAACCGGUUUACGACCCGACCCCGGCGCCGGGCGUCUUCGCCCGCGUGUUCGAGAGCUUCAAGCGCGACCCGGGCCAGAUGACGGAGAACAUGCGCCACCACCGCCGCCACCGCAGGUCGAACAGCAACUCGUCCAUAGACCUUGAACCGGGCAACGAGCGCGUCCUCAACGGCGUGCACUACUACGAUAUCCGCCUCGCGAACCUGCAAACUUCCAACACGCUGCUGAGCAGGAAGCUCAAGGGCAGGCACCUGCAGAUGAUCGCCAUCGGCGGCUCCAUCGGCACGGGGCUGUUCGUGGCGUCGGGACAGGCUCUCGAGAUCGGCGGACCGGCCUCGCUGCUGAUGGCCUUCUCCCUCGUAGGCGCCAUGCUGUUUUGCACCUGCCAGGCCCUCGGCGAGCUGGCCGUUGCCUUCCCCGUGGCCGGCUCGUUCUCGGCCUACUCGACGCGGUUCCUGGACCCCUCGUGGGGCUUCGCCAUGGGCUGGAACUACGCUUUGCAGUGGUUGACUGUCCUCCCGCUCGAAAUCAUUGCUGCAUCCAUCACGAUAACUUUUUGGGACCCGAACAUUACCAAGGCCAUUUUCGUCACAAUCUUCCUCAUUGGCAUCAUUGCCAUAAACCUCUUUGGCGUCAAGGGAUACGGAGAGGCCGAGUUCAUCUUCUCCAUUAUCAAAAUCAUUGCCGUGAUUGGCUUCAUCUUGCUCGGAAUCGUCCUCAACUGUGGGGGGACCCCCGACUCCGGAUACAUCGGCGGCCGGUACUGGCAGGACCCCGGGGCGUUCCACAAUGGCUUCAAGGGCCUCUGCAGCGUCUUCGUCACGGCCGCCUUCGCCUUCGCGGGUACCGAGAUGGUCGGCCUCGCGGCGGCCGAGACGGCGAACCCGCGCAAGUCGCUGCCCACGGCCAUCAAGCAGGUCUUCUGGCGCAUCACGCUGUUCUACGUCGUUGCCCUCACCCUCAUCGGCCUGCUGGUCCCCUAUAACGAGGCGCGCCUCCUGGGCGCCGACUCCUCCGUCGACGCCACCACGUCCCCCUUUGUCAUCGCCAUCGAGAACGCCAGGAUAGACGUCCUCCCCUCCGUCAUGAACGCCGUCAUCCUCAUCGCCGUGCUCUCCGUCGGCAACUCGGCCGUCUUCGGCUCCUCCCGCACCCUCGCUGCCCUGGCGGACCAACACCAGGCUCCGCGCUUCCUCUCGUACGUCGACCGCAAGGGCCGCCCCCUGAUGGCCAUCGGCCUCGCCGGCGGUUUCGGUCUCAUUGCCUACCUCGCCGACCUCGAGCAGCAGGACGAGGUCCUCGACUGGCUCCUCGCCAUCUCCGGCCUCUCGUCCGUCUUCACCUGGGCCUCCAUCUGCCUCUGCCACAUCCGCUUCCGCCGCGCCUGGGCCCUCAAGGGCCACGGCCUGCACGAGCUUGCCUUCCGCUCCCAGGUCGGCGUCGUGGGAUCCUGGUGCGGCCUCAUCAUGAACCUCCUCGUGCUCGUGGCCCAGUUCUGGGUUGGCGCCUUCCCUGUCGGCUGGGAGAAGUGGGAGCCCGAGGCCGUCGCCCGCAACUUCUUUCUGCGCUACGCCGCGUUUCCCAUCGUCGUCAUCAUGUACGUCGUCCACAAGUUCUAUUUCCGCACCACCAUCGUCCGCGUCAAGGACAUGGACGUCAGCACCGGCCGCCGCGACUUCAACCUCGGCAUCCUCGUCACCCAGGAGCAGGAGGAACGGCAGUCGUGGCCCACGUGGAAGCGUGUGUACAAGUUCUUGUGUUGA